CCCAGAUGAAGUACCUUCUCAUGCUAAGGUGGAAGAGGUUCAGUCGGCAUUCUCACGUCAUUGAGAAGCUGUAUCCUACAUAUAAGACGCAGGUGUUGUACCUGGUGAGAGAGUAUGAGGACGCAGUCCAGCGGGCACACAGACUGGCAGCCUCCAGGGAGAUGCUACUCUCAGGCAGGGGCAGCCCCAUCACUGUGGUCACCAGGGAGGAUGUCACCGUCUACCUCAGCUGGCUGGUGUGCCACCUCCACUCGCUCAAAACCAUCCACAGCUUCUUGAGAGUUUUACACUAUCUCCCAGCAUGUGACAGGAGGGAAAGAGAGAACAGGACGACAGGAGAGGGUUUGACCUCAUUUUCCAGCACAUAUGUCCAAACUCAGAUAACACAGCUUUCAGAGAGCGAGAGCAAAACUUGAACUGGAAAUCCUGAAUAAUUCAUUUGUCGAUCAAUUAACUGAAACCGGGGUUCAAUAAAUUAAGAGUUAAAUUGCACAGAAGCAAUGGUUAUGAAACUAUAAUCUAACUUUAAUGGUGAUGCAAUGUUUAUGAAAACAUAAUCUAACUUUAAUGCUGUUGGGCUGUACUUUCAGAGUGUCCAGACCUGGUUAAUAACGUUCCCUUGCACACAUUUAAACUGGAGGAGUUUCGCCUUGAGCUGCAGUCUUUGGUUUCAUAUUUCAAACUGCCCUACAACACACUCAACAUCAAAACCCCUGUAGAUGAGAUGGAGCUCUUCAGCAUGGUGUCGAGGGAGUUCAGGUCUCUCUUCAAGAAUCAAGAGGAGAUGAAGACCUUUCUGGUGUACGGUGGCACUGAUGCCAUGGAGAGCCAGUGGGGAAGGAUGAGGGCAAGCAUGGCGCUCAUGAAGGAAGCCAACUGGAUCUCCUUCAUCCAGAUGAAGCCCAGACGAGAUCCAUGGCAACAAAAGCUUGUCACUAAGCUGAAGGAGCUUAAGUCUGUAGAUGAAUUACUCUGGAUGCACAGCAAGUUCCUUCAGGUGUCUGAUCAGCAGUGUCUGAGUGAUGCCCUGAGGGACCAUGCUGCCCUGGUCUCAAACCCUCAACCCCUGACCCCACAGCCCAGUAGAGAACCAUACCUCUCCCAGAUCUGGACCAGCAUCUACAACGCCGCACAUCUCUUCCAGGCAUGUACCACUUUGUUGUAA